CUUCCUGAAGAUAAUGAUGACACCCAUCACAAAAAGAAGCCAUUUUAUAAUCCUGCAGUCAAAACUCAACGUGGGACUCUCAAGGCUAUGAGAGAUGUGCCUUCCGGCGAGUCCCCCUUGAUGCAAUUUCAAGUUAACCUUCGUCAGCUUCGUCAUGAAAUCGUCGAAUUGGUGAAACAUCAACCGGGAAGUAUUCUCUUGCUGCACGACUUCUUCCUUGCCUACCAGGCUCAUUUCGGAAAACCUUGUCGUGUCUCUGACUAUGGUUUUUCACGACUCGAGGAUAUCAUGGAUGCCUUCAAGGAUCUUGUGCAUAUUGUGGGUGAAGCUCCACUUCGAACCAUCAUGCUUACUCAUGUGAUACAAGUUCGACGAUUCACAUAUGACCUCUUGAAAUUACUCAAGAGCGAGCAGAAGAAAAGUAUUCCGAUUUCCAAAUUUCCCCAGGCUUAUGAAACAACCUUUCAUAAGGUCUUUAAGCCUUCUAAUUACGGUGUAUGCAGCUUACGUGAUUUACUGACCGACGUCCCAGAGAAUAAAGUAACUGUUAAGAAUAAUGACGAUGAAGGUCUCAGUAUUGUUAUUCCUCGACGCAUCCAAACUGUCCAACAAAAGGCGCUCACGCAGAUCUUUGCCAUCGAGGUUAUCCAAGUGCUAUCGCCGAUGCGGAGAUUCCAGAUUGCUUUCACAAAAUUUAUUCCAGCCUAUCACCACACAUUCAGUCGACAGUGCCGAGUCUCGGAGUACGGGUUCUCAAAGUUAGCCGAACUACUAGAGGCAUUACCACACGUGGUUGAGAUUUCAAACGAAGACGGAGAAAGGUAUAUACGUCUCGUGAACCGUCUGCGUAUGGCUAGAAUUAAAGAAAUCCUCUUUGAAAUUCUGGGGCGUCAAUCAUUUCGACGGAUGCUUCUCACCGAUGUGGUCUCAGUUUUUCAGACGGAUUACCGACUAAACCUUGUUCCCCAGGACUACAAAUUCACUUCUUUAGAGGGGCUUUUCUCCUCCUUCCCAGGGGUCUGCCUCCUCCAUCAACAAGGAUUACGUCUAGCACAAAUUUCACAAGAUAGCAGAACCGUUUCAUUCGUUCAGCAGCUGGCAUUUAGCAUGACAGGUGAUGGUCCAAAAGAUCAGCAGCCGCCCAAAUGGGACGUCAAAACUGAAGACACGCCCGGCACUAUGACUUAUGUCUGCCUCGAAGAUAGACAUAACGUAAGGGAUUGCAAUAUUCAAACAUAUUGCAAGCCGAACGUUGGAGAAGACUUGACUGGCAAAGACCUUUCAACCACCCAAACUAUUCAUCUCUGCCCACUUAUGUCGUUUGCCAAACAAUUGAGACACCUUUUACUUCGCACUAAGGGUCGCUUAAUGCUAAGUCUCUUAGGAAGCGAGUACAAUCGACAGUAUGGUGUCGAACUUCGUCCUGAGACAUAUGGAUAUCCGUCACUGCUGGCGUUGGUCAAGGCAAUCAACUUUAUGGUGGCGGUGAGAGGCAAAGGAGCAAAAUCCACACUUCUGCUCUCCCAGAACUAUUUGGGCAAACUUGCUUGGAUUAUUGCAUUCAAGCUCCCAUUCCGUCACGAUCUACUCCUCGACACUGCUGAAUUGAGUGUUGAACCAAUAGACUUUUCACAGCCAAAAGUAACUACCAGUGAGGCUAUGGCAUCAUCGUGUGAUUUCUACUCAAUGAAAACCCGACCUAUGCAAAAAACAUCUAUAAACCCCUGGUGUUAUCCUCCAUUACUCACACCAGGCCGUUACCACUUGGCGCCAGCCACAGUCGCCAGCACAAUGCCACCCUUAAACAGCAUUGCGGGGGACCCACAACAUCCACCGCACGACGACUUCAGGGUUUUGCCAGACUUUUUUGCUCCAGAUCUCGAGGCUCAAUCUUAUACCUACACUGAAACUACAAGUACAAGCAGAGACCCUGACCUCGUUACCCCGUGUUUGAAUCCAGAAAUUCCAUCUCCCUUACGUGGUCCUUUUCUCAGGUACCCGGAGGCAUCACUGAUUGGUGAUUCUUGUAAAUUCACUGCUAAUCACCUUCAACUACAUUUCUCCAGUGGAGAGAUGUCAUCACACAUUUUGUCAUUAGCAGCUUCUCAAGUAUGGUCACAAUCAUCGGAUCAGCAUUUGUUAUCGACUCCAAUUCAUCAGUUCCAGUUGGAGUCGUUCGGUAUGCUGCAACCUCCAUUAGGGAAAUCACUACUGAACUAUGGGUACAUGGAGCCCUAUUGCCUGAGCCAUAUGACUCCCGGGAUGCUCCCUAAAGAAGCAAAAUCAACAGCAGCGAAUUCAGGGGUAAACAUGCUGUCAUCAGAACAACAAUUCAGUCCCUCAACAGAAUCUGAAGUCUCUUUAGCUAAAACGAAGACGAUAGGAUCUGAUUUAUCCGGACUGAAGUUAUCCGAGGAAUUGACACCAUUCUCAAAUGUUCAAGUUCAGCAGAUUACCACUAAUCCGACGACGGCCUUCAUAAACUACCACCCAACUGAAUUGACCGACAUUUUAUCGCAGGCAACACAACACGACUGCGGAGCUACAUUAAUUUAUCAGAACACUAGGGCGAUUAUGGCCGGUAGUUCAAUGGACAGUGUCAACGGGUUGUCAAUAGUUAGAAAUGAGAGCUGGAGAGCAGAUUUAAGGCAGUGGGUCGACGCCUGUAGGCUUCCCGCGCCGUGGCCAAUAUUUCAGUCUACUCCUCUGGACCCUCUUGCACAAAUGCAGCCAGCCCCCGUACUCGUCUCUCAAUCUGCACAUAAUGGAGCGACAAUGCCUUAUGAAGAAACGCAUUUAAUCAACACUGUAACUUUUUCACAAACCCCUACUAGGCAUUCCACAAAAGAGGACUUGGGAGUAGGUAACAAUUCGCCAGAAGAUAAGUGCGACGAAGGGGAAUGGACGCUACCAAUAAGUGUGACUACUGAAUCAACCGAUGCGACUUCAGGUGAAAACGAUGAGACUGACAGUGUUGGUUAA